AUGAGCUUUCUCGCUGAUAGGGGGGCCACACAAGACAUUGGACAGCACACGAAGCAAGAGUGGACAAGCUAUCGACUAUCGCCCCGAUUGGCAACUCAGGCAUCGCUUCAGCGUAUGCAAAGUACUCAUCCAUCGCCAAACCUCUAUCGCUUUGGAUGGGGAGACUUUGCGGCCCUUUCUUACGUCUGGGGCGACGAGAACAAUAGGCGAGAAAUCCUCGUCAACAGCCAUACUGUGUCAGUGACAGCAAACCUCGAGGCGGCUUUGCGAGAGUUUCGCAAAGGAUGUGAGUUCUCCGGUCACUUCAAACUAUGGGUGGAUGCUCUAUGCAUCAACCAAAAGAACCUCGUCGAACGUGCGCAUCAUGUUGGAAUGAUGCGGGAUCUCUACGGUAGUGCCUGGUCAGUCUUCGCCUGGCUGGGAAAGGAAGAACACCACAGUACUUCUGCAAUACAGCUGCUAUCAGACCUCGCUGCGUUCAAGGAAGCUGGCUGCGUCGACGAAAUGAAAGCACAUCUAUCCUCUGAUCCUUUGUCCUGCGGUGUACCUCAUUGGCCAGCACUAGAAGCCUUGAUGAACAGACCGUAUUGGACGCGCUUGUGGAUAUUCCAGGAGAUUGUGAUUGGCGGAACGGCAACGUGGUUGAGAUGUGGGAAUGCAACUAUGAAUUGGAACACCUUUUGUACCGCUGUGUCCGUUCUGCAUGAGCACCUUUGGUUAGAAAAGGAUACAUGUCUUCAGCUGGCCGCGUCAGUAGCCGGAGUCACAACGGAACAGAUAUGGAGAACAACGAGCCUGCAUCUUGUCUACCAGGAUCUAUCCCCCCUAACACGCAAAAUCUUUGACAAAAGAAUGGAUUUCAGCUUUGAGAGACUCCUAGAUCUUGCCAACUCCGGGAAUUGCACCAACAGCAGGGACAGGGUUUACGCUCUCGUUGGACUCAUGUCUCCUACCAUCGCCCAUCGAUUAUCUCCCGAUUACACGAUACCAACUUGGAGAGUUUACGUGGAAGCUGCGAGGGUGUUCAUCCAAGCCGAGCAGAGCCUUGACGCACUCCGCGAGGGUAACCCAUGGGGUCCAGCAAGGGGUCCCUCUUGGGCAGCAGACUGGGCCUGGCCUGGCAGAAUCAGAUGGACACGUACGCAUCAGCAUGUUUGGGGCCCAGUACACUUGUUCCCUCGUGACUUGGACAAUACGCGACAUCAUCCCUAUCGUGCUUCCGGAGAUAUCCCACCUAACGCGAGGCUUUUAAACACUGCCAUUCUUCAGUGCAAUGGUUUCAUCGUCGAUAUUAUCUCUGGUCUCUCAGCUCGAAAUAUUGGAUACUUUGAGUGGUCAAGGUCUAGUAUUGUUCGACCGUCGCAGUGGAAUAGCGUCUAUGGCGGUCGUCAUGCCACAUCCGAGGCAUUGUAUCGCACUCUUGUUGCCGACAGGGUAGCAAACGGCAACAAGGCUGAGUCACGUCACGCAGCGAUACUUCACCUCCCGCGCUCCUUUGCGUUGGCCAAACCACAAUUUGCACAACGAGGGUGGACCUUCCUCGAGCAACAGGACGGUUACUACUUCCGCUGGGAGCGAUUCCGGUCCGCCAAUCGGGACUUCCCUUUAGGCAAAAACCUCCUAGACAGCUUUUUCAGCGACGAAAUUCCAGCGGAUGCUUCCGAGUAUGACUUCUGUGAAGUGUAUUCGUGUUCUGAUCGUAGCGCGAAGAAGCGAAGGUUCAUGACUACGGUGAAGGGGUAUAUGGGCUGGGCGCCAGAUAAUAUAUUCAGUGAGGACGAUGAACAAACGAGGGCUGGCGAUCUGAUUGCAAUUGUUUUCGGUUGUAGUACGCCUCUUGCUAUAAGGCCUUGUGGAGAGAGAUUUCAGGUCUUGGGUGAAGCCUAUGUUCAAGGCCUGAUGGAUGGAGAGGCUGUUAAUACGCUGCGAGAAGGGAGGUAUGUAACGCAGAGUUUUGUGUUUUGUUAG